CAGUAUGUCAACAUUCAUUCAUAUACAAUCAUUAUUAAAAAUUCACAUGCACAUGUCAUUUACGAAUAUAAAUAUGUAUAUAUGUAUCACUAUUUCAAAUGUUUCAACAUUUCUACACCGAGCGGUCAAUUUUUUAUUCAUGCUCCAGCUCAUAAUUAAUUCCAUAUAAUAGAUUGCCAAAUUUUCACGGUUAGCGGUGAAAGAGUGUUCAGAUCAAUUAUUUCGUGACUUACCCCAUACAUUAAAACAAUCUGUUCACCUAAAAUGGAGCUUCCGGGGAUGUACAGAAAUUUAUGGAUUACAAUUUUAGCAUUCCGAAAUGUGGUUCUCUGCUUUUUAUAUGCUGGGCUAUUAACGUUACUUCCAAUUAUGGUACCUGGUAAGCCAGCAAGAGGAGGCUAUGUUUUACUUCUUAUGUCUGGUUUAUGGGUGACUGAAAUCAUACCGAUUUAUGUGACUGCUCUAAUCCCACUGGUGUUUGGACCACUACUUGGAAUAGCACCGGCAUCAACUAUUUCUCCAUCUUAUACAAGAGAUACAAACAUGCUGUUUUUCGGGGGUUUAAUGAUGGCGUGUGCAAUAGAAAAUAAUUAUGUUCACAAAAGAAUAGCAAUUUCAUUUUUAAAACUUGUAGGAAGUGAUCCAAAAAUGCUUAUGCUCGGCUUUAUGUUACCCAGCUGGUUUCUGUCUAUGUGGAUGAGCAAUACUGCUACUACAGCCAUGAUGAUAACAAUUUUGGAUCCACUAUUGACUGAUUUAAUGAAAGUUGAUGAAGCAGAUGAAGAAGAACAUAAUGACAGUAAUGAAUCAACUUUGAGUUCAGUGAAGCCUGAAAUUGGUAAUGGACAAGAUUCUCAGGUAUCUAAUACCAACUGUGUACAAAAUGAUAAUUCUGUUGCAACACCUAAAGUUUCAAAUGAACAGUCGAAAUCGAAACGAAUGAGUAUUGGAUUUAGUCUCAGUAUUGCUUAUGCAUCUUCAAUUGGCGGUGUGGCAACAAUCAUAGGUACUCCACCUAACUCCAUUCUUCAAGGAACUACCUUAAGUCGAUACGGUGAUUCAACUGGUUUGAAUUUCGGUACUUGGAUGGCUUACGCACUUCCGCUUUCAGCUUUCAUGUUCGUGUUCGUCUGGAUUUGGCUUAUCAUUUUGUUCUUCGGUCCAAAAAGUUUGUGUACGUUUAAGCAGUCGAAAAGAAAGAAAGAACGGUUAGCCCAAAUAUUAGAAGCAGAACAACAGAAACUUGGAUCGAUCAAAUAUUGUGAAGUACUGUCUGGAGGUCUUUUCUUAUUGCUCACAACACUAUGGAUGACGCGAAAUAUUGGGUCAUCAGGAUGGGGAAAGCUUUUUGUUGACCCCUCUGAUCCUAAAACAUCUGCAGAUUUAACUAAAACAAACGAAAUUCAGCUGCACAUGUUAUUCUUUCUGUGUCGUCUGUCUACUCUGGAAGUUGUUAAUCAUCAUUUUCCGUCUUUGGAUUUCCCAAAAGGUCAGCACAUUGAAUGAUCUAGCGCAACCAAUCUCAUUACACUUGGCUUUGUUUAAUAAUUUUAAUUAAGUAGUAAGGGGCUUUGAUAAACCAUUGUUUUCCAUAAUCAUGAAGCUAUUCUGGUUGACAUGAUCAUUUGAAAUAACAGGACAGAGAAGCCGUAGUAACUUAAUAACAGGAUAGUAGUAUGAUUUUAAUACAACUUGCAUCAAAUAUUUUGAAUGCAGUCAAACAUACUGGACAUUAAAUGCCGGCAAUUACGGCAGGAUUGGAAAUGGCAUUAUCAAAUAUCAUAAGUAUGAACACUAUCAUAAAUAUUGAGAACCAAAAAUCAUUGAGCCUAUUGAAUUUACGUUAUGUUAGGUGUUCGUCUAGUUUUCAUGCUGGCAUUCGCCCUUUCGAUCUGCCAAAUGUACACAAACUGAUCGAUAAUCACUAGCUUACGACAGUUUACCUUCGAAGAAAAGCAUGGGCCGCUCAUCACCAUUCUCCAUCAAACUCUGUCAUAGAUAAUUCUUUCCAGUUGUUCACAGCCGAUAUUCAUCCUUUUCAUGUCUCUUCCCGAUUCCCGACCCAACAUGUUUUUCGGUCUCCCUCUUCUCCUUUUCCCCUCAGCAUUCAAUGUUGAUGCUUGCCCCAUGAUACACAUUGAUGAUUUCCUGGAAAACCAUUUUUCUGGCGUAUAACUCACAAAUAUAGAGUUUUGAAAAACUGAACACACAUAAGGGUUGUGAGUAUGGAUAUCGUUGAGUUUCAUUGAAGUCACGAAUUUAUCUAACCUCCACAACUUUUGAAAACCUUGCAUGAGUUGAUUGACGUAAGACUUGUUCACGAUUGGAUAUAUAUUCAGUGACCUAGAGGUUAAACGUUCACUAGCGGGACCGAAACUCUUGAGUUCAAUUCGCGGUUGAGGGUCAUGGAUCAGUAGUGAUGAAAAGUUACAUAAUAGGUCGCUAAGGCCGUUUAGUGUUUUCAGUUUUUCAAUAACUAUACAAAAUAGAUCGAUUCGUAAAUUCAACAAAAUAUUUGUAUGUUUAAAUAUUUCCCAGUAGGGUCCAUCAAAUAUCCUCGUCCAAGAUUCUAUGACUUAUUAACAUUUAGUAUGCAGCCUCUUCACAUAAUGACCAAAUGCAAUAAACUGUAGGCUAACAUGAAUUUGUGACGGCUAAACAGUACUUACUUACGCCAGCUUACCCUCGUGGAGAAGCAUGGGUCGCUCAUCACGAUUCUCCAUCAAACUCUGUCAUAGGUCAUUCUUUCCAGUUGUUCACAGCCGAUAUUCAUCCUUUUCAUGUCUCUUCCCGAUUCCCGACCCAACAUGUUCUUCGGUCUCCCUCUUCUCCUUUUCCCCUCAGCAUUCCAAGUUGAUGCUUGCCCCAUGAUGCACAUUGGUGAUUUCCUCAAUACAUGUUUCAUCCACUCACAACGUCUUCUCCUAGUUUCCCCUUCAACCGGCAGUUUAUAUAUACUCUCCCACAGUAGGUUGUUGCUGGUGGCGUCCGGUCAAUGGACAUGGAGUAUCUCGAGUAGACAAUUCUUUUGAAAUACUUGUGCAUUUUGAUGAUGGUCGUAGAAGUUUUCCACGUCUCAGCUCCAUACAACAGAACUGUCUUGACUUUCGUAUUCAGGAUUCUCAAUUGGAUGUUGACUGACAGUUGUUUUGAGCUCCAUAUGUUUCCUUGAAUUGUAGGAAUGCGACCCUUGCUUUGUCAAUCCUUGCCUUUAUAUCUGCAUCAGAUCCUCCUUGUUCAUCAAUGAUGCUGUUCAGUUACGUGUUCUACCCAGCUGUUCCUCUGUCCUUGAGUCUCAGUGAUUGUCCCGUUUUCAUUGUCCUUAACUGGUCUCUCUGAUUUACUACGUUGUCCUGCUAGUUUCUUAGUUGUGCAAUAUAGUUGUUUCAUAAUUCCUUCUCCUGAAGUUUUUUCUGGCGGUACUAGUGUCGCCUAUAGCCAUUUUUUGAUUGCACAUGAAUCCACAAAUUUGUCACCAUUCUUGUUCCUUUCUCCCAGUCCAUUUUGUCCUAUGACCUCUUCAUAUCCGGUGUUGUCUAUUCUAACAUUGGUGUUUAGGCCUCCCAUCAGGAUGUUCAGAUCUUUUCCGGGGCACUUUGUUAUGGUCGAUUUCAGCCUCUCGUCAAACUGAUCUUUAUCCUUAAUGUUUCGUAAAGUUUUCAGUGCAAUGUGUUUACAUAUCAGUGAGUGUUAGUUGCUCUCAUAAAACUUUAGGAAGUUGUAUAAUCUUACUACCUGUUUUGAAUCAUGUAUGUCUAACUAUAAACUACAAUCUGAAAUCAUUAUUUGUCCUAUACGCAGAAUAUUUUAGUAGUACUCUUGGUUAAUGAUUAAUAAGAUCAAACAGGUAAUUACAUAAUAGUUAUGAUUGACAAAAUAGUUUUAUCAAGUUUUGAAAAAUAGUUAAGGCUGGAUAAAUAGAAAAUCCUGGAUUUUGCAAGGGUUGUGAAUGACAGAGCACUGAAAAUAUAGUUUUUGUACCCAGGUGUUGUAUUCUUAAUAAUAAUCAAGCAGAUAUAUUGAUAACAUUCAUAAGACGGAAAUAUUGAAAUUUCUGGUUAUUAUUUAUACUUCCGUCAGAGAAUCUAUGAAAUACAAGACUUAAAUUAACAAUUCUUCAUGAAUUUAUAUCAAAAUGUAUGUGCUAAUCGUUGAUUUGAAAAUUGUAUUUCGAUAUAUCGUAAGCGUGAUUAAUUAAACUUGAACUUCAUAUACAAGUUGAAUAAAUGAUGACGAAUUAAUAAUGGUUUCCGUCUGUCUGCGAUUUGUUUACAAGAAAAUACAUAACAGACAGCACCCCGGCUAUCUUAAUGGCUAUCAUAACAAUGAUCUUACCAGCAUCUAAUCCAGUUAAGCUUUGGAAACACUGGAAACACUGUUACAAAACUAAAACUGAGCCAGACCCAGAAAUAACCCGUGUCCUUCUUCCCUGGAAAGUAGCAUUGGUGAAGUUCCCGUGGGGUGUAAUUGUGGUGGUCGGAGGAGGAUUCGCGCUGGCAACUGUAAUGGAGGUCAGUUGUAAUGAUGACUAGAUAUGUUUUCUUGGUAUUAUUUAGUCAGCAAAGAACCAGCCAUUAUCUGGAUUUCAUUUUUGUUUACAAACCAUUAUAUAAACACAUUAUCCUAUUUCUGUAUUUAUUUAGGCUUCUGGUUUGACGAAUGUAAUUGGAGAAUAUCUUAGUGUGCAUCUGAAAUACAUUCCAUUUACGAUUUUAAGUCUAGUCUGUACACUUACAGCAGCAGCGAUGACUGAGUUCACAUCCAAUUCAGCCACAGCUUCAAUUAUUUUACCCAUUAUUUAUGGUUUAGUAAGUCAGUCAGUGGGUUUUUGCUUAUUUGAUGAAUGGGAUCUUUACCAUACCUUUUCAAUCAGUUUUCUGUCACUUUUUGGUAAUUAAUUAAGUGCCGUAGUUAAUUAUUAUACUAUGACGAACAGGAUCAGUUUCGGCCAUUAUUAUUUACUCUGCAUCUAGAACAGGUUUGCAGGUUUUCUUCGUUGUAGUAUUGAACUCACUUCACAAACAUUUCUGUUAUAUGUUAUAGUUCUAAGUAGUCUAACGGAAUUGGCUAUAUUAUUUUUAUUCUUUACAAAAGAACGUCGUCACAAACAGUUAACAAAACAUUACACUACUGAGUGCAACAUCUAAACGUUUCAUGAGUUUUUAGAUCGGGAUUGUUGCGAGAUAGAACAUCAAAUUCCACUUAUGAUAGAUGAUGGAAAUGUAAACUUUAUGAUAUUAAACAAGACCCAUUAGUAGUCAUAUAUUGUCUUAGACGUUUCUUUUCCAAGGACAUGAUACUUACUUUCGAUAGUUAUGGUUUUUACUUGGUACUGGUUGACAAUAUAAUUCGAAAUGAUGAAUUACUCGUGAUAAAAGUGACUAGUUGAGUGGGCCUGAAUACUACUAAAUGUUAGUGCUCUCAUGCAUUUAUCUACUGCAUAGUCAAAGCUAUGAUUUCAUAAAACUAUUAGUCUGGCUAUUUCUUUUGGGUAAAUCAGUAAACAAUUUUCUGUCAUCUGAAGCCAAAAGUAAUAGGGAAUGUUGUUUAUAGAUUGUCACACACAUGCACCUGGAUGAUUAGUUGCUAAUGCAACAAGACAUCAAACCUCGAACAUUAUGCUGACCAACACUGAAUGUAAUAAAUACAAAACAGAUCACUUUUUAGCUUUUAGAAGCAGGUUAAUCAAUACAUCACUAAACAUCACGAGAAAGGAGAAUUCGAUUUUAGUUUUGCAUCGAGUUGCUCAAUGAGAUACAUUUUUGUCUACAUUUGACUAUGCAAAAUAUCAAUGCAUAACGAGUGAGUAUUAUGUGUAAUCGCAAUAGUUGUGAUCAUGACGUUAACCUGUUAAAGAUUAGGACCUGUCUCGUCACAUUUUAUCUCAAAUGACUGUCACAUCAUAAAGAAAUGGCUUUUUGUUCUGCUGAGCAGUUAUAAAUUCCAAAAUUAAAAGUUCAUUCCGAAAUAUACUUUAAAAGUUUAUGUAAAACCAUAUUUCGAAACAUUCUAGGCAAUGUAUAGUAUUUCAUCACACUGAAUUUAGUAUUUUAUGGAAAAUUAAAAAUACUUCAUUGUCCACAUUACGAAUUACAGCAAGUGAGUAUUUUAAUUUUUAAAGAGCAAUCUUCUAGGCUAUCUUUUCUAACUAAUAUCAUAAUUGUCAGACUGCUUGAACUGCAGAACAGCUGGACCAAAUGAUCUGUAGAUUCCAACAGUCAGUCUUCAGUAAUAAGGAUAGGAGGUCUAUUGACCUAUAUUAAUCCUUGCAGUUUGUAAUACUGUAGAGGUCCAAUCUCGUUCAUUUUUUCACAACUCGUGUACGCUUUAUCGAUAUCUUAACAAUUACAGUUUUUCCAAUACAAAAAAUUAUUUAUUGCAGUGCGAGGGACUUGCGAUUCAUCCCUUUUUGUUAGCGUUCCCUGUAACUGUUGCAACUUCCUAUUCAUUCGCACUUCCUGCUGCUACACCUCCUAACACUAUUGUUUUUGCCAAAGGAAGGGUUCGGGUUAAACACAUGGUAUGUUUAGCUUUUCGAUGUGAAAAUCAUUAUUGAACUUUAAACAUUGAUGACUUUCUACUUGCCAAGUUUAUUUCUGAAAUUCUAAUAUGAGUUACAAUACCAUACAGACAAUUUUAAACUUCGACAAAACUCGCAUAAAUAAAUUCGAUUCAAUGUGCUGAUUUUAAAAAAAGACAUCAAGAUCGUCAGGCAGUUGUAAGUAGUUUUGUAACUAAGCUAGGGAUUUAGAAUUAAGUCACUUUACGCAGCUCUUCGGCUGGGGAUAAACACUAGGUAGUCACGUCAGCUAAGUGUGUGGUAAUCAGCAAUUGUGAUUAUGUUUUCUUUAUUUUGUCACUCAGCUGUAGAUAUCCAGAAAUAGCUUCUACCAUGGAAUUAUUCGGAGGCGCACUUUUUAUCAUGCUGUAAUUUUUCUCCCAUCAUGACUGACUGGACUACGCUUGACACGUCUGUAGCGUAGCAGAGUGGCAUUUUCGUAUUCGAAAACUUUACUUCUCUUAUCUAAGCCAGCAAAAAUGAAAGACAAUCAGAUGCACUCACUCAUACAUUAUGAUAGUGUAAAUAGCAAUUCAUUCACUUUUUGCCACGUUCUCUGCAUGAAUUCGGAUGAGUCAGUCUGUAAUACAGUAGGAAUUCAUGAAUUAACUCAUUAACAGUUUUUAUUUCAUUCAAAUCUGUGUCGUAACAAGCACUGGGAACUUCAUGUAAACAGCGCUCUUCAGUUUCUAACCCUUGUAGUAUUUCGUCUAGACAUUUGGUAUUAGCAAGAAAAAUUGAUAAGCACAAUUUCGAUGUUACUCAACUAUAUGCAUUAUAACCUUGUUCAUAUUCCGGUCUGCCAUUGCUGAUUCUGUUUACAGAAACUUAUUCGUCAACCCUAUAACAGACACAUCAUCAAUCAGUAUUAAGUAUGACAUGGUUUAAUUACCUUGUUCAAAAUAAGCACGCGUCGCUUUACUUAUGAAGAUUUUGUGCCUAUUUAAUGUGGUGUUAUACCCUGUUCCUGUAUACGUUCAGAAAGCCGCUAGAAAAGAAUAUCAACGUCAAUUGUUACUCACAUAAUUUUUCUCUGAUGUGUUACAUAAUAAUAUGCCACUUCAGUACAAAACAAUGCUACCUAUAAUGGAUAUAACUUUUUACGGCUAAGUACAAACACGUUAUAUAAUGUUCAUAAUUAGGUUUACGCUUAAUUGCUUCUACUUACAUUUUAUAAACAACUACGGACAUCUAUGCUCAAAGUCACCAUAAUCAAGAAGGUGAACCAUAUGUAAUGGCUUUUACGGCUUAUUUUCAUGGAAAGUCAAUUUGUGAUCUAUUUUGUGACUGGAAAAAUGGAGAAUUUUAUUUGCUUGACUUUGUAUUGUUAAAAUAACCAUAUUACGCUAACUACAGAUUUACUUGAGUGGUGAGCAAGAAAUAAGUCAAACUACUAAUAAAUUAAAAUAAGAACUAUGUUGCAAGCACAAGCAUUACGAAACUUCACGUGUGAUGGAAAAAAGGCUGCUAAAAGCUGAUAAAUAACGACACAAAAUAUCCACGACAAUAUGUUACAUGUGCGCGAAAACCCGUGACUUAAUGUGCAUACUGCGACAUUGGCUGCGGAAUGCGAGAUCAAAAUUGCGAACGAGAGUGGAGUUCAUCCAGAUAUCUAAUUGACACAACUGAACAACUAGUAAAGUUGAUUACAUGUGAUGUUUGGUUUUACUAAACAUUUCGUCUGUUUUGUCAGAUGAUGAGAGAUUUCGUAGAUUGUUUGUCUGAAUGUAUUCCAUACUUUCCAUUUUAUAGUUAUUGGCUGGGAUCCCAUUGAACAUAGUUGGUGGUUUAGCUGCUGUUGCAGCUGUAUCAAGUUACACGGUGCCGAUAUUUGGGUUGAAUACUGUGCCUUCUUGGUUUAAAUCCGUGACGAAUACAACAAACACCUGAGUUUUUUAUGGACGUUCAUAUUUCUUCUGUUAAAAUAUGUGAUUUCUAUUC